AUGAGGACUUGUCUUCUUCUCUCUCUCAUAUUCUCACUUCUUUUAUCAUAUUCCUCAGCUGAGCAGUGUGGUCGACAAGCCGGAGGAGCUCUCUGCCCCAACGGUCUAUGCUGCAGCGAGUUCGGAUGGUGCGGUAACACCGAACCUUACUGUAAGGUUCCUGGCUGCCAAAGCCAGUGCACUCCAGGUGGUACUCCUCCUGGUCCCACCGGUGAUCUUUCAGGCAUCAUUUCAAGAUCUCAGUUCGAUGACAUGCUUAAACAUAGGAACGAUGGUGCUUGUCCCGCUAGAGGCUUCUACACUUAUGAUGCCUUUAUUAAUGCCGCUAAGUCUUUCCCUGGCUUCGGCACCACCGGAGACACCGCCACAAGGAAGAAAGAAGUCGCUGCCUUCUUUGGUCAGACUUCCCAUGAGACCACUGGUGGGUGGGCCACAGCACCAGACGGACCAUACUCAUGGGGCUACUGUUUCAAGCAAGAACAGAACCCUUCUUCAAACUACUGUUCACCUAGUGCCGCAUGGCCAUGCGCACCUGGUAAAAGCUACUACGGAAGAGGACCGAUGCAGCUGUCUUGGAACUACAACUACGGACCGUGUGGAAGAGCCAUUGGAGCAGACUUACUCAACAACCCUGACCUUGUCUCCAACGACGCAGUGAUCGCUUUCAAAGCCGCGAUUUGGUUCUGGAUGACACCUCAGUCUCCAAAACCGUCGUGUCACGCUGUGAUCGUUGGCCAGUGGCAGCCUUCUGAUGCUGACCGUGCUGCUGGAAGAGUACCGGGUUACGGUGUGAUUACGAAUAUUAUUAACGGUGGUUUGGAGUGUGGACGUGGCCAAGACGGUAGAGUUGCGGAUAGAAUUGGGUUUUAUCAGAGGUAUUGUAACAUCCUUGGAGCGAAUCCUGGAGGUAACCUUGAUUGUUAUAAUCAAAGGUCCUUUGCUUCUGUUAACUUCUUCCUUGAUGCUGCUAUCUAAUAAGGAGUAUAUUAUGCAGCUUUGUAUCCUAAAACAAUAAGGGAUUAAGAUCAAACUAAAUAAAACUCUUUGUUGUAUCUAAUCACCACUUCUCAUUUUUAAAGCAUGUAAGCUGGAGCUAAUCUUUC